AUAGAUAGAUAGAUAGAUAGAUAGAUAGAUAGAUAGAUAGAUAGAUAGAUAGACAGAUGGAUGGAUGGAUGGAUGGAUAGACCUCCUUUAUGUUCCUCUUCUCUAUUACCUUGUUUCUAAAAUGUCUAUGGUUGAUUUCCCAAGUGAAUUCAGUCAGGUCAAACUAAAUGUAGAAAGGAGUGAGAGAAGUUGGAGACAGAAAGAUAGCAAUACAUACAGAUGGAGAGAGAUGAGAAAGAGAGAUGAGAUGGAGGAAGAGAGAUGAGAUGGAGGAAGAGAGAAAGGGGAAGCAGCUGGAGAGGAGAAGUUGGUCUCUUUGCAGCUCCAAAGCUCUUAAAGCCCCGAAGCUGUGUGGAGUGUAAAUGGGAGGGAAGAGAGAGAGAAAGAUAGAUAGAUAGAGGAAGAGAAGGAGAGAGCGAGAGGUAGAGGGAGGCUGGAUGAGGAAAAGAAAAGCUAGAAGGGAGGGAGAAGGAAAGGGAGAGGAGGAGGGUUUGCGUUGGUGUGUUGGUUGGCAGAGAGAGUGCUUGUCAAAAAAAUCUUCUUCUGACAGAAGGCAUGAUUCACAGCAGAGAGAGAGGGAGAGGGGGAGACAAGCGUCAGAAAAAGCAAAAAACGGCAGCGAUAAAGAGAGAGGGAGAGAGAAAAACGACAGGGGCAGAGAUGCCGGUAAGAAAAACAAAUGAGGAUGCUUAUUUGAGGCAGAAUGACAAGACAUUUACAGGAUGGGACGGAGAUCGACGGACUGGAUUGACUGAUGCCUUUUAAUGACUGUGACCAUGUUGAUAAGACAGACGAUGGUAAUCAACAAAUUCUGUCAGAAUGAAAGGAGAAGAUUUGUGUUCAGCCUUUCUGUCGCUUUGUGUCUGACUGACUAAUGCUCCACUGGAAAAAGACUUCAUUGGCUCUGAACAGACAGCCAGAACAAUGAACACCUAAAAUGAAAACAAAUGCGGACAUGUUGGGAAGAGCGUGGGAGAGAAGAUGAGCGAAGAGCAGUAAACCUUUGGAUGUAAAAACUGGACAUAUUUUGUCUUAUAUUUUCAUGUUUUUCUUCUAAAUCUGGUUGGAGUAUUAUCUUGUUUACAUUGUUUUUAUGUCAUGAAACUUUUGACAAGCAGUUUUUUUGCAGCACUGCCAUACUUUGAUCAAAAUGUAGUCCUGUCAACAAAUAUGCUUCAGUAUUUUACCAUAAAAGAAAAAGCAUUUCUCUUUUGCCAUGGCCCUCUCAAAACCAGCUGCCAUGCAUCUUGCACAUAUUGAAAUUUAUUUUGCAAGCUACAUUUUUCAGAAUUAGUAAAAUUAACAAAUUCACAAUUCACUCUUCAAAUUUCAACCGUGCCUCCCACCGGUCCCUCCCACCGUCAGCCAUCCGACCAAUCAUGGGUAAGCCUCUUAGCCGUCCCGGGUGUUUCAGGAAGAGCUCCUGCUGCCUGGAGAAACAUGGAGCUGGGGAUGGGGGAUUGGGAGGGAGGGCUGGGGGAGUGGAAGGGGGAUACGGAGACGGCUACAUUCCCCAACGAUCCAUAUACGAUACCAUGUGCAUCAAUCAACAGAUUGACAGCCAUCACCAUCACCCUGGAGGGUCCGUUAGGCGAGACGGUGGAUGUGAGGGGAGUUUUAGCUACUCUGCAAGCGGCUCCCUAAGGGUAAGCAGGUCUCCAGCUGACAUGUUCGAUUCACAGCCCCGCUCUCUAACUCCGAACCCCUCGUUUGUUCGACGACUGGAUGAAAGAGCCAUCUUUGAUUCAUUGAAGCUUGGCGGUCAGGAUGUGGAUGGUGGUGGCUGCCACUCGCCAGGAUGUAUCAACAGAUCAGUUUCUCCCUCUGUGUCAUCAUUCUCGGCACCAGGAGUGUCCUCCUCCUCAUCCAAGAAACACCACCAUCCCCACCACCAUCAACAUGGAGACAGUACAAAGAGCAGAGAUGGCCGACAUUCCUGGAAAGUCUUUACACCUCCAAAACACCUGGAGUGUCUGGAGCUUACUACAGCCGAAAUGAUGGACAGAGGAGGGGGAUAUCUGAACCCAGGACACUACCCUCACCCUGGGGGCCAGUCCUCCUCUCUUACCUCCCCCCUCAUUUCCCCAUUCUCCGGCUCACCUCUUUCCUCGGGUUACCAUACUCCGGUUUUUUUCUCCCCUGCCAAGCCUCGCCCCAGUCAGUCUCAGAGUUUGCGAUGUUCCCCUCCCCAGGUCAUCCAGCCAAGGCAUUACUCCCAAACCCAGAGUCUCAGGCUGUCACCACCCCAGGAGCUUAGACGAUCUCCCUACCGUGCCCCACUGGUCCAACUGUCUGCUCAUGACCUCGAGCAGGAAAUGAGGGACAGAGGAGGAGGAUGGGGCCGGAGUGAGCGAGAAAGAGAGUGGGAGAGAGAGAGGGAAAGGGAGAUGGAGCGAGGGUGGGCCCAGCGAGAGUGGGAAAGAGAAAGGGAGAGGGGGAGGCUGGAGAGGGAGAAGGCGAGAGAAAGGGAGAGGAGGGAAACAACUUUUGGCACCUUUGGGUAUGGUCGACCAGUACCUCUGCGUUCAGACAGAGACUCUGUGUUUUUAGAGCACGACCAGGUUCUAGACACAACACCCCUAUUGCUCCCUCACCCCUCCCCCUCCCCCAAUGCUGCCCCCAGAAUGGGCACUGGCGCAGUGGGUAGGAAUAGAGCCGGGUCAAAGGUUGGCCCUGAAAGUAUAGGUGGUGGUGGUAUGGUGUCAAAGUUUGACAAUGGGAGUGUGGGUUUGGUGUUAGUUGACAGCAAAUCUGGGUGUGGGCAGAGGAUAGUAGGUGAAGUAGGAGUUGGAAACAUGUCAGAGGCUGAAAUCAGAGCUGGAAUACAAGAACACCACAGAGCUGAAAGUUGGAACAAAUAUGAUAACGGAUCCAGGGCUAGCAGUAAAAAUGGGUCAGAAAUAAGAAUGGGUUCCCAAGUGAAAACACGACCAGGUGGACGGGAUCUGGAAGGAAAAGUGCAGUCUGGGGUGGAGAUAGAAAAUGUGGCUCGAGCUGUGAACAAGGAGGGACACAGGGGAACAACAAGGAGUGGAGAAAAAACUGGAAGGGGUGUGGCUAAACCAGAACCUUCUGCUGAGACUAUUCCGUCAACUGUGACUGACAUUAAUAACAGGAUUGAGCCUGGAGAUAAAGUUGAGACUGGAGCUGGACCUGGUCUGGAGAUGAAGCCAGAGAUUGAGGCAGGGCUUGAGGCCAAAGCUAUUUUAAGGCAGGUGGAGAACAGGACUGGAACAGAAGCUGGAGGUGUAGCUAAAGUUAACAAUGAGGUUGGUUCGCCAGAAGAGUCCAGGGUAGAAACUAAAGAGACAGAAGUUAAAAUUGCUCCUACAUCUGAGCCUGAAGCAUUACUAGAGGCUGAGGUUAGUAAUGAGACAGGGACUAAAAGUAACAUUGAGACCGGGGCCGUCCGUGAAAUCCAGAACAGCAACAAGGCUACAGACAAAGCUCACAUAAGUGUUGAGGCUGGGGAUAAAACUGACACUUCCCCGGCAGAUCAGACUGAGAAAAAACCUUUGGACAAUAAUAAAAUUAAAUCUAGCCAUGUAGAGAAAGGUUCCAGGUCCCACAAGUCCAAAUCAUCCAAGUCAAGCUCUAGGACCCGACCUGGAACGGCCACAGGGCUCCGACCAGGAGUGGUCAGCCCUCACCUAAGCAGAGGAUUUGGAGACCUUGAGUCAACAGACCUUAAGUCUGAUGGCAUUGAGUCCACCUGGCCCCGCCGAAUCAUGGUCAGAAAGAGGACUGUUCGGCAGGGUGGGGCACUCCACAACCUCCCUAUUCUCCCCCCACUCCCCUCUGUCCUCUCAGCGCUGGAGAAGAGGCGCCCACUUGCCCAACUCCACCCCCGUCCAUGCCACUUCUCAGAGAACCCACUAACAACCAUUAUAAAUGCUGCAAGUAUUGUGGGACGAUGCUCACUUAAAGAGCCCUCCCAUCUAGAACUAGGACCGGGGGCCAGUUUGGUAGGUAGGGCUUCCCUGAAGGAGCAGAACCUGGAGCAGUGGAGGGUCUGCAGAGAGCAAGAGGAACCCAGGAGAACCAGGAGCAAGGAGAAACAAGCAGAGCAGAGUAAGGAGAAGACUGAGAUCGAGGAGAGGAAGGGGAAGGAAGAGAAGCGACACACGGCAAGGACUGAAGAGAAAGACAAAAGGGAGGAGAAAGUGGGAAAGGAGAAAGAGAUGGUUAAUGUCCUAGAGGGGCUGGUAGAGGAAACCAAACAAGAAAAGUCAGAGAGAAGGGUUAAGGGGAAAGUGGAAGAGGAGGGAAACAUAAAGGAAGAUUUAGAAAAGGAAACAGAUAUAGAAAUAAUGUUUGAAAAGGUUGAGGAUAGAGAAAUGCAAAUUAAGGAUGGAAUACAAGAGCGGCAUCGACAAGAGUUGGAAGAGGUGAUGGCUAAAUCAAAGAAAGAAGAAGUUGAGGUGGAGGGAGGAGAAGGAGGCACAUUUGGAGAUGAAGAGGGGAUAGAGAGUUGGGACGUUGUCCUUGACAUGGUCAACACAUUGUGGGAGGAUGGCUGGGAGAAAGGGGGAGUAGGAGGAAGUGGUGAUACAGAUUCCUUUUCUGGCUCCCUUCAACGUUGGCCUCUUCUCCGGCCCCCAAUUGGCUUUGGGGGCUCCCAUCCCCCCUCCUCGGCGGCCUCGGAGCUCAGCCUGACGGAGUUGGAAAGGAGAGCCAGGGAGCUGGACUCGGACCUGGAGCACCUUGACCUGUCUCAGCCCCAAAGGGACACCCAGGAUUUAUACCAAUCACUGCUGGAGCCACAGAGGGAACGAACGGACAUGUACCAAACACACCCUGGGCCGCAGAGAGAGAAAGUUGCUCUCUUGACAGGAAUGGGGAACAGAUCCCAGGUCAGUUUGGAGCUCAGCGCUAAGGCCUCACCAGCUACAGACACAGACAGACCUCCUGUUGAUUGGUCAACCAAAUCUGCUGGGACUUCCACUGUUGGCAAUAGCUCUACUAAGGAGGACAGCUCUCCAGACUCCAACCUUACGCUGGAAUCCGACUCCAGUGGCGUCUUCCUGUCCUUAUCCAAUCAGAGCCAGGAGGAAGCCGGUUCAGACAGCGACCAGCCAAUCAGUGGCUCUGACCUAGGCAGUAGCAGCACGUCACUGGAGAAAGACGGGGACGAUGUAGGGUUAAAGGAAUGGGGGAGGGAGGAGAGUGCAGAGCUACAGUGGUGCUACCCAUCACUCCUCGACACUUCCUUGCAUGAAGACAAAGAAGGAGAUAGCGGAAGAGAGAAAGCAGGGCAAGGAAAGAGGGUGAGAGAUGAAGAGAGAGGGAAAGAUGAGAAUGGAAGGUGGGUUGGUAAGAUAGGUUCUGUUUCAAUCACUAAGACCCCACUUGACCACGCAGACAGGGAGGGCCCCACGUCUUUAAAUGCCCCACAAAAGGAAGAGAUACCACCCAGGAAAAAAGUGACCAUCAUGGGAAGUGACUUUCCUCUUCCUCUGUCUCCCUCAAAACAACCAAUCAAACACCUUCUGGAUCCAAAUCAGAAGCCAAUCAGAAGCUCAGGCCUGGACUGUGGUGACUUAGAUCCCUUUGUCCAAUCGGACAGCUUUGUUUACCUUGCCGUGUCUGCAAGACCUGCCUCCCAGUGUGAAGUCACCACAUUGACAGAAGUUCCCACCCAAGAUAUAAAACAAGACAGUGUUCAGCAACAUCCAGAUAGCAUGAAAACCAACUUGGACCUAUCAAAUAAAGAAUGGAUCGCCAAGCCAACUCAUUUUGCCCCACAAAAACCAGAGGAAGGAGACUUUCUGUGCACUGACAGCUUUGUCUACCUGGCCGCUCCAGCAUGCCACCUACUGGGUCCUGCAGGAACCGCACCCUACAGCGGAAGGGAGUCAGACUCAGAGAGUUCCGGAUCUGGCCCUGUUGAUAUGUCACUACUGGGCUGUGGCUCAGUAGCAGGGGAUAGUGACUGGGACUCAGACCUGUCCGACUCCGAUCCCAGUCGCUCCUCCAGAAUAUCUGCUGCUGGGAAUAAAUCUGCCGGCGUAUCACGGCCCAAGCGGCUGCCUGCUGAACCAGGCUGGGACAUGUUCGGAGAAACCACCGAACCUGAAGUGCUAAGCGAGCUCUUUACAGAACAGGACAAAAACAACAAUGGCAUGGCAAGGAAGGUUACCGGGGUCACCACCAGCAUGGAAGAUACACCAGCUAUUCCCAUGGCAAGUCAGCACGUCACUGCGCCAGUGAAACGGGUAGAAUCAGUAGAUCAGUCGUCAACAACAAAGAAGGUGACAUGGCAGUUUAAACCAGCCCAGAGGUCAGUCUGCACAGGAAGCAGGAAGGAUAAAGAGAAGGAAGGGACAUCAUCAUUGGUAAGGUUCACAGAACUUGAAGGAGGUGAUUCCCAUAGAACCUCCCCUUCAUCUUCAUCGUCUUCAUCAUCGUCACCAUCGUCAUCGUCUUCUGGUUGAUUUGCGAAGGAAAUGUUUUUUGUUCAAUUGGUUGAGAGGAGGUUUUAUGGCUGAAGCUGGGUUUUGUUUUCCUGGCUGGAACAACUACAUAUUCUUUUGGCUGUGAAUUUUUUAUUUUGCAUCUAGCUGCUGCCAUUGCCUUCUUGUGACCUUCUAAAGGCUGCAUAAAAGACUAGUUAAUUGUUUCAUUUUCUUGGACUACUCUACACAAUAUAAUAUUUAAUCAGUUAAAGUUUGAGAUAGUGUGAGUCUCAGGCUAAACAGAAACCUUUAGGUUGAGAUGGUGUGGAAAUAUUGCCACUGAUAGAACACGUAGGUACGAUACGCAUAGUGUUAUUCCUAAUGGAUUAUUCAACAGUCAGGCUUGAUUUAUUAGUUAUACAUUAUUCUAUCUCUGAAAAAGAAAUAUAAAUAGUACUGUUUUUUUUUUUUAUUUUAUUGAAUGUACUGUAAAGGAUAUACACAACUACAAGUGAAAACUAAAUUCACAUAUGAGGCAUUCCCAGUGGUUUGGCUUGCUCACCUGUAUUUACACAUUAUUACAGUGUUGGAAUUUAGUUACAAUAACACAUACAAAUGAUAACAGUUGGAGAAAAGAAUUUCUGUCAGACUCUGCCAUUGUGUUAUCUUGUUUAUAAAGAUCUAACAAUGUAAAUGUGUCUCAGGUCUUAUACCAAAUUACACUUCCUUCCACUAUGUAAUGCCUCACUCCAACACCUGCCCUUACUACUUCAUGUAUAUGCUUUUAAAACUGACUUGUAGAAACUUUACAGUGUACAAUGUAUUUUAUAAUCACAUCCAACUUUACAGUGUAUUAAACAGUGUGUCAAUAAUAUAUUUUGAAACAUUAAAAUAAUUAUAGAGCGAUAUAUAUAUAUA